CUAGGGAGAUUCUGGCAAUGGUUAACACAGCCACUCUCCAAUACUUCUGAUUACUCGUUUGAUCCUCAUAAAUAUUUACCACAUAGAUGUUUUCUCUCUUUUUACAUCUGCGUUUUUCUCUUUGUAGAAUUCAUAAUGGAUGUAAAGCGGCUGUUCUCAAGACUCAAGGAGGGGCUUGGACACAGCCCUGUUGUGGCAAAUGUGAUUUUUGCCUUCCUCAUGGCUCUCAUAGAGAAGAUACUGGGGGCAGCAUUUGCUUGCCCUUGCGAUCCUAAAUGGAACAGUUUUUUUGCUGCUGCGUUUUUCAUUAUUCCUGCUUGUACAGCAUUUCUGCUGAUGAUGGUGAUAUAUAGAUUCGGGGAUAGAGAUGAUGAAGAUGAUUCUGACAAAUGGUGGUCCUGCCUUUUACCCCCCGUGGUGUGGCAGGUUAUCAUUUUCCUUGAUGGUCAAUACUUUGUCUGUGCAAUGACAGACUGGCCAGGCAAAUUUGUUUCUGUUGACAAAACGUAUCUGAAAUGGUGUGAACCAACCAACAUGACAAGAUCAGAGGAACUCAUGGAUCAUUCACACAGAUAUUAUAUUCUGUCUCAGGGAAUCGGACUUUGUCUGCUCCUUCUUUUGACCGUGCUUCUCCUUGUUUAUGUGAUCAUUAAGUACAUGAAGAAACCUGACAAAAAGACUAAAGGAACACAGAGAUCAUCAGCUUCCUCUGCCUCCUCUCAUCUAGUGUCCAAACAAUCAGUUACAACAUAAAGACAGACAAUGUACAUAGAAACAACUAUCUUAGCAUGGCCCAUCUAUAUUUAAACAUUUUUUAGUAGCUAACAAGUAAAAGAAAUGAAAUCAUUAAAAUAAGGAUCAAUUUUAUUGAUCCUAAUUACAUUAAUUGUAUGAAAUGUUAAACAAAUAUAGUGUUUAGUGUUUUAUAUAUUUUGUUGGUGAGUAAGAAUUAAAAGAAUAUAUAUUCUUAACAUUUCUAGAUAUCAUCAUGUAUUUUAGAUUACAUGGUAUGUUUUUUUACAACAUUGUCAAAAUUUACCAUAAACAUAGAACUGUAAAUGUAAUGCUUAAUGUUGUGAACUUACAACAGAAAGGCUCAAACCAAGUUAACCACCAUCCAUUUUCAGUUUACAUGUAUUCAGUAUUUGGGAACAUUAAAAUAACAGGAUUGGAAACGUUUGUGUUUAUGAGAAUAUAAUGGAAAAGAUAUUAUGAAAGAAAUACAGCCACGAUGGUGUGAAACAUUUUUAAGUGUGACAUACAUUAGAGUGGUUCAGCUUCCUCAAUCUCAGACACACACACAAAAUGAAACUGAUGAAUUCAGCUUUUUAUUAGCUGUUAGACCACUGCUGCAAUCAUUUCCUCCACAGUCAAUCAAGACUGAAAUGCACCAUACAAAUACCAUUUAUUACAUUGUUUUAAAUCACAUUAUAUUUCACAAUCCAAAUAUAUGUUUAUUCACUGCCACAUAGACACCAUUAUCCCUAAUAUAUGUGAAGAAUGUGAUGAAGAGGAUGCUUGAUGACAGCUUAAUGUGUGUUUGAUUUGUAAUACAUCUUUAAAAUUACAAUCCUGUUGGUAUAAUUUAUUGUGGUUGUAACAACUAAUCAGAUGAAUGUGUGCUGAAUGUUGUCAAUUUUAACAAUUGCAUACAGAAUUGUAGCAUUGAUGUAUUACUUGAUUUUCACAUACAAAACCUACAUUUCAUUCUUCAAAUGAUGUUAUUUUUCUCCCAAUAAAAAUCUAUCAUAACAUUAAAUGCUCUAAGCAAUACUAUUUACCAAAGUUGUGAUGUCAUCAGCAAACAGGUAAACAAACCAGGACAUUACUGUUAGGAGCAGAUGAUGGGCUCCUUUAUGUAUAUGUCAUAGUCUGUCUAAAGCACUGCUUGUUCCAGUGGUUUCAUCAGCUGAUUUCUGUGCAGCCUUAAGAGCCUCUGCAUGUUUUCUUUCUGAGAGGAAUUAUAAAUAAUUGUCCAUUGUAAAGUAUCUUCGUUCUUAUUCUUCAGAGGUUGGAAUUAAAUGGAAAAUAUCAGUAUUUUACAACAUUUGUAGUAAAAAUGGUGAUUGCAUUUUGGCUCAGUAAACUGGUUUACUUACCUGAUAACAGCCAAAGACCAACAGACUUGAGUGUCACAUCUUUUAUUGUACAUGUUCAGGGUAAUAUCUGCACAACAAUCAAAGAUGAAUCCUUCAGAUAUACAGUAGAUGUUCGCUCUCAUAUAGCAUAAUCCAUAAACAGGACAUGUCAAACAUGCCAUAUUCAUUUUUGUAACAGUGCAAGAUGAAAAUGUCUAAUUAACUUUCACUCUUAAAACUCACGAGACCUUUUAGUCUAGACCUCUAUAUGCACGUAGAUCUUGUCAGGUAUAGGUUUUGCUUGACCAAGAUCUAAUUAAAAGUGGGCUAUAUUGAGGACAAGUGACAAAAGAACAAAUAAGCACAGAUCAAAACCACAAUACAAAAGAAAGAAGCUGAAGGGGGAAAAAACAUCUUAUAACACUGAGCAGUUGAAAGAGUUUCACUUUAAGUAAUCAGUCCUCAAGAAGAAUAUUUUUCUGUUUGAACUUAAAGGUUGGUACAUCUUACUUUAAUGUUUAUUCUGAAUGCACAAUUACAAACUGGGAGACAGUUAACAACUAAUUUAGUGUAUACGUUUGAAAAUCUUCAAAUUAUUAUAUU